CAUACAAAAACUUUGUUAGCUGACUGCUAACUCUGCUCCAUCGUCUGUCAAGCAAUGUUACGAGCCUGAAGCAGCACUUGUGAAAUCCUCGAAAAGAUGGACUGCAAAACAGAGAGUGACGGAGAAUUCUGCAGAUGGGCGAGUUCAGUGCUGGUGAACAGCAAAAAUGACCUUACAUCACGACUGCAACAGUUUGUGGAGGAUAGGAUGCAGACCACCAUGCUCACAGGUGUACUGAUUGGAGCUGCAGUCGCCAUCACACUGAUUGGCAUCGUGGUGCUCUUCCUUUACAGGAGAUAUAAGCUGGCUCGUGAAAAAGAGCCUGGCACACCACAUUAUCGCUUCAGAAAACGUGAUAAAGUGCUCUUCUAUGGGAGGAAGAUCAUGCGGAAGGUCCGGACGCUGUCCUCGAUUCCUCCUCCCACCACUACCUCAGUAUCAAAGCAAGUGCCACGCAUACGCAAAAGAACCAAAGUUCUAAGCAUAGCUCGCAAAAUCCUGAGGAUCCGCAAAGAUCCUCCCACCCUGCAGCCCAAGGAGCCCCCUCCCUCACUGCUGGAGGCUGACCUAACAGAGUUUGAUGUGCAGAGCUCAAACCUGCCCUCCGAAGUCCUCUACAUGCUGAAGAAUGUCAGGGUGUUGGGUCAUUUUGAGAAGCCCCUGUUCCUGGAGCUGUGUCGACACAUGGUGUUUAUCGAGCUGCAGGAGGGUGAAGGUCUGUUCAGGCCAGGAGACGAUGACGACAGCAUCUUCGUGGUCCAGGAUGGACGGCUUGAGCUUAGCAUCCAGGAGAACGAUGGGACAGAACCAGUGGUGAAGGAUGUGCUCCCAGGAGACAGCGUCCACAGUCUGCUCAGUAUCCUGGACAUCAUCACUGGUUAUCCAGCUCCAUAUAAGACUGUAUGUGCACGGGCUGCGACUCGCUCCACCAUCCUACGUUUACCUGCAUCAGCCUUUGAGUCUGUGUUUAAGAAAUACCCAGAGACACUUGUUCGCGUCAUUCAGAUAAUCAUGGUGCGGCUCCAAAGAGUCACCUUCUUGGCGCUUCAUAACUAUCUGGGCCUAACAACUGAGCUCUUCAAUCCGGAGAGUCAGGCAGUGCCCUUGUCCAAUAUAAACAAUGUGAUGGGAGAGGCGGCUUCUGGGAAGACGACUCGUCGUUUGCACUUCCAGGAGGAGUUACCCGCUGGGACCAUGGAGAGCCCCACAGAGACAGAUGGUGUAAAGGACAGCCCUUCAAAUAGCUACAGGAAGCCGCGAUCCACCUCGGCGCCCACCGACUGCGCAGGUAUCGACCUGAACAUGGCUUGCGAACGAGCCCGAGUCACUAUAGAUGAAGCUCCACCCAGUCCUGUCAUUCCCAAAUCUAGUCUAAAGAAGAGUGUUACAAUGCAGCACACGCCCUCUGAAGUGUUUCACUACACAGACGGUGGGGGGCACUCUGAUGCCAUCUACCUCAGUAAGAGCUGCACAAUCCUCCAGGCUGCAAAGAGGGACCUGCUGGGAAUCAUCCAGCUGCAGGACCCCAGUCUGCUUGAGGGCAGAGUGACCCUCCAUCAAGUCAAAGCUGGCUCUGUGGUGGCUCGUCAGGGAGACCAGGAGGUGAGCAUCCAGUUUGUGAUUUCUGGCCUCCUCCACGUUUACCAGCGGAUGAUUGAUCGCGAAGAAGACACCCGUCUGUUUGUGACGCACCCUGGAGAGCUUGUAGGUCAACUCGCCGUCCUGACUGGAGAGCCGCUCAUAUUCACUGUUCGAGCUCAGCGAGACUGCAGCUUCCUCUCCAUUUCCAAAACCCACUUCUAUGAGAUAAUGCGUGUGGAGCCGCAGGUAGUGCUGAACGUUGCUCACACAGUGGUGAGGAGGAUGUCAUCUUUUGUCAGACAGAUAGACUUUGCUCUCGACUGGAUGGCUGUGGAGGCUGGCAGGGCAGUCUACAGGCAGGGAGAGAAAUCGGACAGUACUUUCAUCGUGCUGAGUGGUCGACUGCGCUCUGUAAUCAUGAAGGAAGAUGGCAAGAAGGAGCUGAUAGGAGAGUACGGACGCGGCGACCUGAUUGGAGUGGUGGAGGCCUUGACCCAUCAGAACAGAGCCACCACAGUGCACGCUGUACGAGACUCUGAGCUGGCCAAAUUACCAGAGGGAGCUCUCAGCUCCAUCAAAAGGAAGUUCCCACAGGUUGUCACCAGGUUGAUCCACUUACUAGGACAGAAGAUCCUCCAGCAGGUCAAUGGUCCUCUGACAGCUCGCAGUUUGGCCCUCCACACUCCUGGCAGUAAGUGGGAUGCAGGGAACCAGGCCUCCAACCUCUCCACUGUGACAGUCUUGCCUGUGUCAGAAGAAGUGCCUCUCACUGCCUUUACCAUGGAGCUGCAGCAUGCACUCCUGGCAAUAGGUCCCACUCUUCUGCUGACUAGCGAUAUUAUCAAACAGCGACUUGGAGUUGCAGCACUAGACAGUGUCCACGAGUACCGUCUGUCCAGCUGGCUGGGCCAGCAAGAAGACAUCCAUCGCAUAGUUCUUUACCAGACGGACUCCACACUGACCCCGUGGACACAGCGGUGCAUCCGUCAGGCCGACUGCAUCAUUAUUGUGGGGCUAGGAGAGCAGGACCCAGCCGUUGGGGAGCUGGAGCGUAUGUUGGAAGGAAGUGCAGUGCGUGCCCAGAAGCAGCUGGUGCUGCUGCACAGAGAAGACGGCCCCCCACCCAAAGGAACUGUGGACUGGCUCAACAUGCGAAGCUGGAUCUCCAGACACCUCCAUCUCUCUUGUCCCCGAAGGGUCUUCUCUAAGAGGAGCCUGCCCAAACUGAUGGAGCUGUAUCAACGUGUGUUUGAGAAGCCAGCAGACCGCCACUCAGACUUCUCCCGCCUGGCUCGAGUUCUAACGGGCAAUGCUAUUGCUCUUAUCCUGGGUGGAGGAGGGGCUAGGGGCUGCUCCCAGGUGGGGGUAAUGCGAGCUCUCUGCGAGUCCGGCAUCCCCGUGGACCUCAUUGGUGGCACCUCUAUCGGUUCCCUGAUGGGGGCACUGUAUGCUGAGGACCGAAGCCACAGCCGCAUGAGGAUGAGGGCCAAAGAAUGGGCAAUGGAAAUGACAUCAGUGUUUAAGAAGGUUCUGGAUUUAACGUACCCAGUCACCUCCAUGUUCACCGGUGCUGCCUUCAACUCCAGCAUCAGCAGUGUCUUCAAGAGCAAACAGAUUGAGGACCUUUGGAUCCCAUAUUUUAACAUCACAACUGACAUCACUGCCUCUGCCAUGAGAGUACACACUGAUGGUUCUCUGUGGCGGUAUGUUCGUGCCAGCAUGUCUCUGUCUGGGUAUCUGCCUCCUCUCUGCGACCCCAAAGAUGGACACCUGCUGAUGGAUGGAGGUUAUAUCAACAACCUACCAGCUGAUGUGGCACGCUCCAUGGGGGCCAAAGUGGUGAUAGCUAUUGACGUGGGCAGCCGGGAUGAAACCAACCUUACUAAUUAUGGCGACUCACUCUCAGGCUGGUGGCUGCUAUGGAAACGCCUCAACCCCCUAGCAGAGAAAGUAAAGGUGUUAAACAUGGCAGAGAUUCAGACUCGGCUGGCCUACGUGUGCUGUGUCAGGCAGCUGGAGUCUGUGAAGAGCAGCGACUACUGCGAGUACAUCAGACCUCCGAUCGACAGAUACCGAACCCUGGAGUUUGGCAAGUUUGACGAGAUUGCUGAGGUGGGAUACCAGCACGGAAAGACUGUGUUUGACGUGUGGGGCCGCAGUGGAGUGGUGGAGAAAAUGUUGAAAGACCGACACCAGGAGGAGUUCCACCACACCCAAAGCAAGAGUCAUGUGGUAACGUGUCCCAAUGCUUCCUUUACCGACCUGGCAGAAAUUGUGUCACGCAUCGAGCCCGUCAAACCUGCUCUUGUGGAUGAGGAGUCAGAGUACAACACUGACUAUGAAGAGGAGGCAGUGGAGAGUGCUCUGUCUGACAUGGAGCUAUACAAUCGCUAUGGAGAGCACACUGAAGGGGAGGAGACUGCUGACACGGAUGAAGAGCUGGAAGGGAGACACGCACGCCACAUUACCUCACUCACCAGCAGCAACCCCCAGUCUCCCACCGCCUCUGACAGUCCAUCAAACCACGAAGUCCAUUAACUGAGGACCAGUCUAAUGAACUCUGCUCGAUCAGGUCGUCACAAUUUAACCUGCCACAUUUUACCCUCCAGUCUGUCCCGCAUGACUCAAAACCUGUCCCCUGCCCCCGCGACCGUCGGCAUGACUGCGAUUACUAUUUUGCCCUCGGUAACCUGGCCUCGUUAGCUGUGUGGCUGACAUAACGAAUGUGCAGCCACUUUUAAAAAAAAUGAAUACGGACAGGUAGUAAUGUACUCAGCUGCAAUCCUAUGCAUUCCUAUUAUAUAAGAGCAGCUGCAAGCUCUAUCAUUUCUCAUAUUGAGAUAGUGGAGAGUGCAUCUGUAGCUUUACAUGAAUCACAUAGACCAAGAUAGAAGGUAGGAGAGGUCGGGAGAUACUAUUUCCAUGAAAUAAUAAUUACAUGAGUCAAGGUGACAACUUCGGCUCUUGGUUGAUUACAUAAAGAAGAUAGAUUUGAGAUAAAGAUUCACUUCACCUCACUUCUGUUAUCUAGACAUGCAGAUAGUUUUGACGUAUGCAUCUCUGAGAUUUCUGCCACACACAACAUUAAAAGAUUAGACAAAAAAAACUGGCACGUCCAAAGAAAAAUAAACAAAAGGAUAAGACAGAAAAAAAAAGUUGCAGAUUUCCUUUUAAUUUAGAUAUUUACAUCAUCUCAGGCCACUGAAAAUCCUUCAAAUUAAAGCACCAAGAUGGCAUAAUCACUCUUUGGUUGCCCUGCUAAUAAUUCCAUCCACAGUGACGUGUUGAGCAGUCACAAGUAGGCAUUACUGUAUUAUAAAAGUGCAGUCAGCGAUUCUAAUCUAAAUGACUUUGUGUCAUAUUCAGCAAAGAUCUCACGCUCCACUAGCUGUCUGCUCUGUGUGGGCACUGAAGAAAAAUAGACAGACAGACAGACAGACAGACAGACAGAUUCAAAAUACUAAAUUCAAUUCACCUCACUUGUAUUUGGAGUGGCAGAAAUCUCAGGGCAAAUAACACCAAAACUAACAACAUAGCUAGAUACCCUGAGAGGAAAGUAAGACUAACAGUCAGUGGCUACUUCAUCAGGUACACCUGUACAAUCUAAUGCAGUCCAAUACAACAGCUCUGUCAUAACAUCCAUCUAUAUAAAGCUAAUAGCGCUCAGUUAUUGGAGACAGUGUUGGAAAUGUGUAAAUUCAAUUAGAUGUUCAUAAUUGAGGUCAAAUGAGGUGUUUCUAUUAUUUUGUCCUCCCUAUUUGCAUACAUUAGGAGGGCAGAAUAUUAGAAAAACCUCUGCAUAUAAUGCAGUCCAGUACAACACCAUCAUAUGACCUCAGUGCCCAAAAGAAAACUGAUUACAUGCAUUAUAAAAGUAGACUUUUUUGCAUAACAGUUGUAUUGGAUUACAAUAGAAUGUAUGAUUGUACCUAAUAAAAUGGCAUGUGAGUAUUGCAUUGAUGUAUUAAGUUAGACUUGACAAAAAUCAGAGCCACUCCUUAUCGUUUUGUGCAUUCAGUCUACGUAACGAUCCACAUCAGCAAGCCUGAUGUAAAAACAGAAAGCGAGCAAAACAAGCAGUGCGCUCUGCGGCCAUGGCUGUCAGCACAGCUUUGUCGCACCCAGUGUGCCAGGGACAUGGAGGGAAGUAAUGAUUGCAAUCCACUUCAAAGCACUGGUUUCCCCUCUCAGCUGGCGAGAGAAGCCUCCCCCCCACCCAUCUGUUUUCUGGCUCGAAUCUAUCAGACACAGACUGAGCGGCAGACAGUGUGGAUCUGUCGAGUGAACUGUGACGCUCCGCUCGCCUCAGUACAGUUUAUGCACAGGGGCUAUUUGCAGCAGCGGGGCAGAUCUUCACAGGAACACGUUGUAACACGAGUUAUUUGGCUUGUCAAGACAUGCUUUAACUUUUUUUUAAGUGACUUGGAUCAGAUUUUUCUUUUCAAACUGCCAUUACGAUGAUCAGAUUUUUGUUGCAUACAUAAUAUUAUCUGAGUAAAAUGAAAAGAGUCUCUGUAGGUCUUGCUUCGAUUUUCUUAACAUCCGUUUGGCUGAUUGAUUAUGCACUUAUGAAGUGUAUUGCUGAGGACCCAAGGGAGUGCGAGCCCUUAAAGUAGAUCUGUGGAACAUUUUAUCAGUAUUGUAUUAUGUUCAUACUGUGUAGCAUAUUGAAAAGGGACCCCCAGUGUUGUAGUCUGGACCAUUUAAUCCAAGACCAAGUCAUAAGCAGUCAUGAGUCAAGACCAAAGUGUACAUUUAAAAUAAGAAAUGAGUUAAGUUAUUGGAUGCAUUUGAAGUAGGAAGUUUUGCAUCAUAUCACUGUGUUGAUGUUAGCCAACAAAUCAAACAACGCACAGACAGUGUAGUGAUAUCCCCCGCAGCUGUGGACUCGACCGGUCUUGAAACAAAAUCCUGCGUACUCUUUAGUCCCGUUUCCAUCAAACAUGUUCAGUAUGGUACCUUUGUAACCAAAAGUAACCCUUCAGACAUGGUACCUAGACCCAGUGUUUCCACCUCAAACAGUACUCUUAAAUGUGGGUGGGGUUGUUGUCACUCACUGCUCCGUCCAGCACUCACUGUAUUUCCUCAUUCCUCAUUACCAGUGACACCAGUCUGCACCUCGUUUAUCGUCCACAGAACGGGGUUGCACACAGGCCCAGAUCAAAAUAAAUCAGGCUGUAGUGAGAGUCUCUCUCCAUGGGAUAUUUAAAUUUUUCCCACUUGUUAUGUGUAUGUCAUGGGAGAGGCAGAAAAACAUUCAUUGUAUAGUUACAAUUUACUAAUAAAACUCUCCACAGUAUGAACAGUGGUUACAUGAAACCAGCCACAACUCAGCCCUGAGCAGAGUGACCGUCCUCUAUUGACUAAUCAGACUGCAGUGUUCACAGCUCCACCUUUUAGUACCAGAUCUGUGUGCUAGGUACCCCAACAGAGGGGGGACGAAAAAUGGAGACAGUAUGGAACAGUUCCACUGGUACCAUCCACAACUUUUCACAGUGGAAAUGGAAAAAAAAAAAAGCGUGUUGAGCUGAACUGAACCAUACUGUACUGCUUGGUGGAAACAGGGCUUUUGAGACAGGAGUGAGUAAAAAAGCGGUCAGUUGUGGUCUCAAAACCAAGACCGAUCUUGAGUACUACAACACUGGGAACCCCUAUUUCUCUCCGUUGCUUGCUACAGUACAUUCAAGAAGAGAUGAAAAACAGAGAUUGGAGAUACCUGAGAUGUUAAACUGUACCAGACUCAUUUUAACAUUUCAAGCAUCAGCAGUGUAACUUUCAAAAUGAACGCUUUUGUUCCUUGAAAUAGCCUGGUCCCAAAUACCCAGCUGUGAGCAUAUGAUGCGUAUACUGUAGCAAUGCUUUAGGACGAAACUGUGUCAUAACAGCAUGCUUAGGAAGGAAAUGCAGUGUCACGUGUGAGGUUGAUUGGAUGAGCGGUUCUCGAGAAAGCUGCAAGCAGCAACGAGAGACCAAGGAAUGGGACUGUUCUAAACAGAUACUUUAAACGGGCACUGCAGUCAUUGUGAGAAAAGUGAGUAACUGAAUAUAUUCAUAUUUAAGCCAAGAAUGUAUACAACCUUAGCCCUAGAUGUUUUUAUGCACAACAUUCUGACAAUCACUCCAGAGAUGCAAUGCAAUGUACAAACACACUAACACAUUGUUACAUAGCCUUGUUUAACACGCCUCUCUGUAUGGCACUUUACCAUGUUUAGAGUUGACCUCAGUCACAGCUAGAGCUGCAACUUAUGAUUAUUUUCAGUAUUGAUAACCUUGAUCUUUAUGUUUAUGUUGUAUGUAUGAUCUUUGUGUUUAAUUAACACAUUAAUAUUUUGAUUCAUAUAACGUUACAGAAUAGAAAAUGGAUUGUCAAAUUUCUUAGAGACUGAGGUGACGUCUUUAAAUUGUUUUUGUCUGACCAGCCGUCCAAAACCCAAAGAUUUGUAGUUUACUUCGAAGUGAUUCCAGGAAAAACAACAAAGCCUUAUGUCGUAGAAACUGGAACCAUUAAAAGAUUUGCAUUUGGCUUGAAAAUGAAUUAUCGAGAUUAAUAGUUAAUGGUUUUUACUAAUUGUCUCAGCCCUUAUCGCCUUAUUACCAGAGCCCUAACAACAGAGCAUGACAAACAUUUUUUUAAGUGGAUCCCUUCAAUAUGUUUUUGAAAGGAGUGUGAUAGUCGAAAAAAAAAACAUGUAAUAGUGCAAUUGUGCUGCUAUUUCCUGUUAAUUAUCCGCUGACACAUCAUCUACAAAUGUAUCUGCAAUAAGCUAAUAUCAACCGGCCAGUUAAUCAGUCAGGCUUUAAUCAUUUGAAUAUCAAUGCAACAUUUUUAUUGUUUUAUUUUCACCCCACUUGAUAAAGCACCCUGUGAGCCUCACCGUAUGAAGCUGCGAUCUCUGCUUAUACCGGUGACACAGUCCCUGUGGCCUUACACGUGUAGACAGUAGGAGAAACGCUGUGACAAACACUAAGGGUUUCCCACUUGGUGUUGGUUAAGAGUCUGGACACAGAAUGUGUGAACAAGGCGGAGACAGAAAAAUGUUGUUUACCAGUGAGGUAAUGUUGUUUGCACUGGUGUUUUUUUUGUACUUUUGGGUGGUUUCCAAAAACUGAGCACAAUGAAUUGAUGCUGUCUGGCAGAAUGAAUGUUUGGCUACUUUAUAAAAUGGGACAUGGUAAUGGAUGAGGUGCUUACGUAAUGUGUGGGACUGUGCCAUGAGUUAAUGUUACAAAGCCUUAGAUGACCUGUACAGAAAAAAACAACCACUCGUGCCCUCAUUUAGCGUAAGUGUACAAUGAUGAAUGUUUACCAGUAAGCCUGUAAUGUAUGACAUCAGUUACUUAUCUAUAUUUAUGAUAUUUGAUAAAUAUGUUUUUGAUAAUCAAUUGUUACUAAUAAACCACUGUUUGAUGUA